AUGUCUUGCAACAACCAAUAUGUCUUUGUCAACGACACCAACUCAUUGUCAUCAUCUUUUUCAUUGUUCAACCAUGUUGAGCAACAAUCGACUAUCAUCCAAAAUAACAAUAUUUCUUUGUCUAUGAUGCCAUCAUCCGUUUCAUUGCCAUCUUUUAAUCAUUUUGAACAUCCAAUCAUUCUUAUCAAAAACAAAAACAACAAAAACAACAUCAACUACAACAACAAUAAUAAUAAUAGCAAUAAUAAUAACGAUAUCCAUUCAUCUAUUUCACAAACCCAAUUUGAUUCAAAUCAUAUUGUUUCUCAAUGUCAUUUACCAUCAAACCAUACUUUUAUUCCUGUCUAUAACAACAAAAAUAAUAAUAACAAUAAUUUAUCUUUUAAUUCAUCAAUUUCAAUUCCUUUUAAUGUUUUGUCCCAAUCCCAUUUCCAGUUACCAUUAAAUCACUCAACCAACAACCAUAUAAUUUUCUAUGACGACAAAGAGGAGGAGGAGGAAGAGGAAGAGUAUGUUCAAUGGAACAGCAACAGCAGCAACAACACAAUCUCAUGUUUCAACCAUGUUAAACAUCAAUUAAUUUCCAUCAACUAUCCAUUGCCAAUUAAGGAGGAGGAGGAGGAGGAGGAGUCUGUUCAAUUGAACAGCAACAGCAAUACAAUCUCAUUUUCAUAUUUCAACCAAUCAAUUCCCAUCGAUAAUAAUAAUAUUAUUUCAUUCCUCAAUGUCCAUCAAUCAUCGAUUCCAUGUUUUAAAUCUAGUGAUAUUUUAACUCAUUCAACAACAAACAACCACAUUCUUGUAGAGGAGGAGUUUGUUCAAUUGAACAACAGCAGCAAAAUCACACAUUCAUUAACUUGUUUAGACAAUGUUAAACAUCAAUCAAUUCCAAUUAGUAAUCAAUCAAAUAAUAAUAAUAAUAACUAUUUUUCAUUAAUUCAUUCAUCAUCAUUGAAUUCACCUAUUCCAUUUUCAUCUGAUUAUUUUAACUCUGCAAACACUUCCACAUCAUCAUCAUCAACAUUAUCAAAUACAAUCAAUUCAACAAGAUCAAAGACAAGCCCAUUUUCAAGAUACUCCAGCAACAUCUCAAGAAUAGAAAACAACAACAACGCGGUAACAAGCUCUGACAAUUUAAACCAAUUUACUGAUACCUCUUCUUUUAUUUUUAUAGAUACCAAAGUUGCCAACAAUUAUUUUGAUUCUCUCAAUUGUUUCGGAACCAAUCAUUCAAAUCAUACAAUAAUACAACAAUCAUCAUCACCAAUCAAUCAUCAUACAAUCCUCACCACAACCCACACUCACAAUCAAUAUUCACAAAUCACUCCACCAUCUUCAAAUAAUAAUAAUAAUUCCUAUUCAUUUAUUCACCCAUUAUUAUCCAUUAAUACAGAUUUUAUUGUGCCCCAAUGUCAAUCACAACCAUUAAUUUCAAAUUACUCAACAACCAACAACCUCAUUCUUUUAGAAGAAAGGGAAAAGACUGUUCAAUUGAACAGCAACAACAACAACAACACAAUCACAAUCUCAUUGUUCACCCAUGUUGAACAUUAUUCAAUUCAUAAUAAUAAUAAUCAUAAUAUUUCUUUCCAUCAAUUAAGUGAUACAUUAUAUCAAAGUCAAUUGUCAAUUCCUUUUAUAUAUGUUUUGUCUCAAUCCAUGUCACCCAUUCCAUUAAACUCUAGCGAUGUUUUGUUUCAUUGUCAAUCACCAAAUCAUUCAACAGCCACCAACAAUUUUAAUUUAGAUCAGGAAGAGUCUGUUCAAUUAAACAGCAGCAGAAAUACAAUCUCAUUUUCAUAUUUCAAUCAAUCAAUUCCCAUAGAUAAUAAUAAUAAUAAUAUUUCAUUCUUCAAUGACCAUCAUCAUCGACUCCAUGAGUUUGUUCAAUUGAACAGCAACAGUAGCAUCACAAAUUCAUUAACUUGUUUAGACCAUGUUAAAAACCAAUCAAUUCUUUUUAAUAGUAAUCAAUCAAAUAAUAAUAAUAAUUAUUAUUCAUUAAUUCAUUCAUCCAUUUCACCUAAUCAUUUCAACUCAUUCUCAUCAUCAAACACAUCAUAUAUAUCAAAUAUAAUCAAAUCAACAAGAUCAAUUGCAAGCCCAUUUAAAUCAAGACACUCCAACAUUUCAAGAUUAAAAAACAACCCGGUAACAAAUAACAAUAAUAAUACCAACACCAAAUUAAAAAAUACAAAUAUCAACAAUAAUAAUAAUAACUAUGCCAACAACAACUCAUCAUCAUCAUCAUCAUUCUCAUGCUUCAACCAUGUUGAAACAUUCAUCUCAACCAACAAUCAACCAAAAAAUAUUAAUAAUAAUAACAAAAAUAAUAACAAAAAUAACAAAAAUACAAAAACAAAUAUUAAUAAUAAUAUCAACAACAAUAAUAACAAAAAUACAAAAACAAAUAACAACAUCAAUAACACAAGAACAACAAACAAUAAUAAUAUUAUAAUCUUUGCCGAACACUUCAACCCACAAUCAAUCAUUCAUUCAUCACCAAUCCUCAAGUCAGUUGCCCGUCCCAAACCCAGUGAUCAAGAGUACCAGUUUCCAAGUACACUAAUCAUUAUUCUCUUCAACUCUUUUGAUAUUCAAUUACUUUUACCCAAGUGGUUUCCCUCUAUUCCUACUCUUUUCUUUUUAUACAUUUUCCGUUGCCAUCGUCCGUGCCCAGUCCAGUCCAGUCCAGUCCAUCAUCGUCCAUCCAUGUUCCACGUCUCCCUAGGCUUUUAUACCCAAAAAAGAUAUUCAAUUACUUUGAACCAAGUGGUUUCCUUUUAA